UCAAUUAAAAGUUGGAAUUAUGGAAAAAGAAAAUGGAGACGAUAUAACAACUCUCAAAUGAACCAGAACAGGAAGUUACACAGACGAUAGCUUUAACGCGCCCAAUAUAUUGAUUUAAUGAUUGCAAAUAUUUAAACUAGUCGUACAUGUAAUCAAAUUUAUUUGUCGAACGGAUAUUAUUAUUAGGAGGAUCAAACGUUGAAAAUAUGGCAGAAGAAAAUGGAGAGGAUGUGAUACCCAAAUGCUUUACCGAGACAGGACAUUGCACAGACGAGAUUAAAACUAUUGUUUGAUGAUGGAAAAAUACUAUUCGUCUCUGAAAACCUACUGACAUAUGCUUCUCCAGUAUUCAAAGCUAUGUUUGAUCAUAAUUUUAUAGAGAAGAAAGAACGUGAAGUGAAGUUAGCUGGAAAGAAAUAUGACGACUUUAAAGAAUUUUUGCUGUGUCUACAUCCGGCGGUUCAAAAGGAAAUCUCACGUAGCAAUGUUUUAAGUUUAGCGUUGAUAGCGGAAGAAUAUCAAGUGGCAAUUUUUAUCACGAGAUGUAAAAAUGUCAUGUGGGAUUGGUUACGCAUGAGCGUCAAAGGCACUAAUUCCGAGUACACUACUGCCAAUGAUCUUCGGAAAUACGCUGCUAAUUGCCUUUUAAUCUUGCAUAAAGCUCUUGAAUGUAGAUACGCAGAGAUCACCGAUGAAGCUAUCUCAAGUGUUUGCAAGUUUGGUUACGGUGUUUUUAGUGGAAGACUUAGACUUAAUAUGAAUUUGUCUGUUAGACUAAUGGGUUUAAGUCGGACUGCAAGAACAUGCUACAUUACAGCUGCUGAUGAAGAUGUUGAAAAAUCAGAAUGUUAUGAUUUAUUUGAAGACCUUCCUGAAGACAUUAAAUACAAAUUACUGACCGAAAGACUCAUUUUAUGUGAAAGUAACAACAUGAUUGGUGUAAAUUGAAUAGCAUUACAAUAUUUAAUGAUACAUAUAAUACAUGUUUAUGAAAACACAUUCAAAUUAAUAUGAAUUAAUUACAGAAUUAAAAGUAUGUUUCAAAUUAAUACAAAAAAGUCAUAUAGUCGUUUUGUAUGUAAUGUUUAAAGUUCAUUUGUUUGAUUGUGAAGUAAGAUAAGUAUAGUUAUUACAACAAAUAUAGCCAAAUAUUCAAAACAUAUAUUAGUGCACUGUCUUUGAAUCUGCGAAUAAAGCCUCUCUUUAAAAAAACUGUUACUUUUAUACUGGUAAGGUUUCUUUGUAAGAAAAUGUAGAUAUCUUGUGAAAACGCACGAACCAUAUAUAUUAACUUGUUAGCUAGGAUACGUGUGUCUUACUGGUAAAUAACACCUAGAAUUUAUUCAUUUCUAAAAUAACACGACUUUACGAGGAUGGAUUCCGGUCAAUUCAAAAUAUAUAUUCUAGC